UGCAAAGUACUGGGAGGUUGGAGUUGGAGGAGACAGACAUAUAGAGCUGGAUCUGCACUGUGAAUGGAUCAGCAAUUGCCUCAGGAAAGCACAGGCAUCUCAGCUCUGCUUUAACCUCGAGGAGAGAGAGAAAGAGAGAGAGAGAGAAAGAAAGAGAGAAGGAGAAAGAAAACUCUAUUCAAGUUUCCACUUGGCUGGGUUGUUGGCACAGUGGCACUGGGUUGAGGUUUCACUGUUCAACUGGUGAUACAGCUCUCACUCAGUUAGAGAGAGAGAGAGAGAGAGAGUAACAGGGACCAAGAUAGCACCAGCCCUUUAAACCAGGCAGAGAAGGGUGGGGGGGGGACUGAGCUCCAGCUGAUUGAUACCCAUUUAAAGGGCUGUGGGUCUGUCUGUCGUGUCUGUCUGUCACUAUGUUGGCUUCUGUCUCAGUGCUGGUGGCUCUCUUAGCCCUGAUCGAUGCUAAGGGCAAUUUCUACCACCAUCCUUACAGAUACAACCUCUUCACCUCAGGAUCGACUCCCAGCUUGAAAGGAGUGGGGAGAGUCACUAGCAGACACAAGAACUAUUGCGCCUACAUUGUGAAAAAGAACAUCACUUGCACCAUGCAGGAUGGCACCGACACUUAUGUGAAAGCCGAGUAUCACCAGUGCUCCUGGGGGCAGCUCAAAUGUCCAGGAGUCGUGAUGUAUCGAACCUUUUUCAAACCAAAAUAUAAAAUUGGAUACAAGACUGUCACAGAGUUAGAGUGGAGAUGCUGUCCAGGAUUUUCUGGUGAAGCUUGCCAAGAAGGUCCCACAGGGCUGCCUGAACUUAUACCAUCACAUCCUGGUCCCAGGAAAGGUUACUUUGGUCCCAAAGCUCCAGAUCUACAUGGUGAACGAAUAGACCGAGUGGAGGAUGAAAUGCGUCGUCUGUCACAAUCGUUUGAGAGACUCCAGUCCAUGGUGAGUGGCAUCAGUGACAGUCUCAGGCUGUCAAUUCAGGAAGACACCAACAAAAUGAUUGUAUCCUUAUUGAACAAUCUCAAAUACCCUGAUGGUGCAGUGGGCUUUGGAUAUAUAUCCCAUGGCCUGGAGAGCAUUGGAAAAGGAGAAGUAACAUAUCCACCGGCAAUGGGGGAUCUUAUGGCCAAAGUCACUGAAGUUAAAGAGGUCUUGAAAACAAAGAGCGAUUUGCUGGAUGAAGUACAUGGGAUGGUUAUUGACCACAAUGGUCAACUCAGGCAGCUCCUGGAGACUAAGAUACCUUCACCUUUGGCAACAGUAGAUCUUCUGGAUGAUUACAUAGAAACUAAACUCACCAAAUUGAGGGCCGACCUACUCGACGGCUUUGAGAACAAACUUACGGAUGUUCAGAACAUCUGCGAUUACAAGGUACAGCUGAUCCAGCAGCAGUGCGAAGAGCAGAAGAACACCAACCAAAGACUCGAAGAGACAUUGGACGGCAAAGAAACCAAUCUGAAAAAGGAUCUCAGUAAUCUGCAAACUCAAAUCGAGGGAUUAACUCUGUCUGGAGAUUGUUGCGACACUGUAAACUACCUCUCGGAGAGAAUCAAUGGCCUGGAAAAGAACCUCCAUGGAAUCUCAGACUACCAAAGGACAUUAACUACCAGGUUUGACAGCGAACUUCCCCAGUUUGCCAAUAUCCAGGUAGAAAAUGUGUAUGAUAGCAGGCUGGAGGAUAUUGAAACUAAAAUCAACCAAACAGAGAGGAUUGUGGAGGAAAACUGUUUACACAUAGAAGAUAACAUGAGGGGUAUUUUUGGCACCGAGAUGGACGGUAUUAAAACCCUGCUGUACAAUAAGAUGAAGACCUUGGAGGACAAGUUUACAAUUAUUGUGGAGGAGCUCAGCAAUGCCACUGUUCCAGCAACCAUAGAUGGAGAGGUGAUCCCAAUGCUGGAAACUGAGCUUAUGACGAUCAGAAAUCAAGCCAACGAGGGCCUGGGCCAUCUGGAGGGGAGGCUACUUGCUUUGGAGAAUCUCUGUUCCGCAGGUUGUAGCUCAGUGACUGACAGCAUCGACACACUUCAAACAGACCUUGACAACUGCCGAAAACAUUAUGAGGAUCUUGUGACCAAACUGGACAAGAAUUCCGGUCUCCUUAAGACACUGAACAGCUCCAUGUACGAAAUACACCGAAGAAUUACCGAGGAAGAAGAUUCAAGCGCGGUGCAGGGAGAAAUCACCUUGCUGAAGAUCAACAUCCACUCUGUUAAUAGAUCAUUGAAAGGACUGAAAGAUUCCGUCAACAAAUACGCUGAUGAGGUGGUGGCUGCCAAUUCCACCUGGGAGGAUCACGAGCGCAAGUUGACAGACGAAGUCCAUUUGAUACAAAGGCUGGUGAACAACCAAGGCUCCCAGCUCAUGUUUAAUGACAAACGCGUGCGAGAUCUCAAGGGAGACCUGCAACGGAUUAACAGCAGGAUUAUUUCCGAUCUCCAGAACUGCAAACACAAUGCCCACGACAUCCAGAUGGAAGUGUCCCAAGUCGACAAGCGAGUCUCUGAGAUGCAGAGCCUAUGCAGCAAGCUAAGCGCAGUGUCGGGCAGCCUGGAUUUUAUCAAGGACGGACUGGAUAAACAUGUCGGCGACGUAUGGAAUUACUUAGAACAGAUGAACGAAACUCUCAUGGCACACACUCAAGAAAUCAUUGGCCUAAAAGACAAGUCCAAGAUUACAGAUGACCAUGAACAAGGGGCAUUAGAUGGAAAAACAAGUUCAUCACAACUGCUCGCUGCCCAUGGGGCACCUCUUACAGAUCGUUCACACUUACUUCCUGUGUCACCAGAAAACGGAGCCUUUGUAAAGCAAGUUGCCUUUUCUGCGGGUCUGACUGAAAAGCCUCCCGCUGCCGAUAUUGGAGUCGUAAGAUUCAACAAAAUUCUGAUCAAUGAGGGAGGUCACUACGAAGCACGCACAGGAAUCUUCACGGUUCCUUACAGCGGGCAGUAUCUUAUUACCUCAGUGCUGACCCCACAGAGGAAUGAACGGAUCGAGGCUGUGCUGACGGUGUCCAACGUGAGCAUCGCGCAGGUGGAUACGGCUGGCUACAGGACUGAACUGCUGGAGAUUGGGAUGGACAGAAUCGAACAUCAUCCUGGAGGCGGCCCGGCCGUCUUCAGCCUAAUCCUCCGUCUGCGCGCGGGCGAUGAAGUGAGCGUGGUGGUCACGUCGGGGAGCCUGGCUUACGCGGAGACCGAGGAGCUAUACUCCACGUUCAGCGGAGUCCUGCUGCACCAGUCGCUCGUGCACAGUUGACGAACGUGACAGGCAAUUUGCGAGUGGCCAGUAACCAAGUGAACUGGAUUCCGUCUGAUGUUUUUUCUCUGCAGGUCUCAACGGUGAACUGGAAAAUAUUAAUUUCCCUUUCGAACAAACGUUCCGUUCAUUAGUUAGCGGAGCCAAAAAAAGGGUCACUGUCAAUCCACAUUGUGUUUUUUUUUGUUUAAAACUAUGACCACUGAACACCAAAACUUUAAAUGGAUUUUGCCGUUUAUUCAAAUCAAAGACUGUCACACCUACAAAAAGACGAGGGUUCUAGGUUAGCAUUUUAUAUUUUCUAAUUAACCCUUUGAGAAUUACUUUAAUAUUUCUGCAACAAACAAGAUUAUAUUUUUUAUUCACUAUUUUGAAUUUUAAAAAAAGGUUCUUCGGCUUUUGUACAUACAGUAUAUCUAAUUUCAUUAUAUAACUUCCGAGC